UCUGACGACGGAAGAAAGACGUGCCUGAGAGCGCUCGUCAAAUCUUUACUUAGAAGUCUAGGAUGAGUUGAUUUCCGUGAAAUUCAGGAUUCCUAGCGCAUGCUUAUUUCAGGCAGCUUCAUUUUGGAGACUGUUUGGAAGUAUUCGUUCAUCGAUACGAUGAGAUUGCAGGAUAUAGGUCAGCUUUGACCUCAAUAUUCAACUGCAACAAUGCCAGUACAAGGCCCACCAUGGACAGAGUUCCUCUCAUGCCAUGUCUGUUUCAACAUGUUCGAUGAGCGGCUGCACCGUCCCAUCAGUAUGGGCUGUGGUCACACAGUCUGCAAGACCUGCCUCGCCAAGCUUCAGCAUGGCAAGUGUCCCUUCGACCAGAGUGCCAUCACUCGCAAUGUGGAUGAGUUUCCUGUGAACUAUGCACUACUACAGCUAGUGGGUGCAGCUAUCCCAGAGGAGGUCCGUGACAGGGAGGAGAGUCUCAUCAAUGCAGAAGACCUCCGGUACUAUGAAUCUGCCAAAAAAUGUAUCGAAGAUCUUGCUGUGUAUCUGAAAUCAGCAGAUUCCUCUGACCUCAAGUGUGAUGGUGCUGUGGAAGAUGAAGAUAUUGGGAAGGGAGGGCACCUGCUCAGUGGCAGUACCCUUAGUCGACCGAUGCAGCGCAAGCUGGUGUCCCUGGUCAAUUGUCAGCUGAUUGAGGAAGAGGGGCGAUCCCGGACUAUGCGGGCGUCACGGUCACUAGGGGAGCGCACAGUAACCGAGUUGAUCUUACAACACCAGAACCCCCACCAGCUCUCAGCCAACCUCUGGGCAGCCGUGCGGGCUCGAGGAUGUCAGUUCCUUGGACCAGCCAUGCAGGAGGAGGUUCUGAAGCUGAUCCUGCUGGUGUUGGAGGAUGCGUCAUCACUGUCCAGGAAGGUGCUGGUGCUGUUUGUGGUUCAGCAGUUAGAAGACAGCUACCCUCAAGCCUCCAAGACUGCUAUCGGACAUGUUGUACAACUUCUCUAUAGAGCUUCCUGUUUUAAGGUUACAAAGAGAGAAGAAGAGUCAUCGCUGAUGCAACUGAAGGAGGAGUUCCGUACCUAUGAGGCGUUACGACGGGAACAUGACUCCCAGAUUGUCCAGAUUGCUAUGGAGGCAGGGCUUAGGAUUUCCCCGGAACAGUGGUCAUCUCUGUUAUAUGGAGACACAGGCCACAAAUCCCACAUGCAGUCCAUCAUUGACAAGCUCCAGACUCCACAGUCGUUCUCCCAGAGUAUCAGUGAACUAGCCAUUGCCCUCCAGAGAACUGGUGACCCGUGUAACCUGCAGCGUCUCCGACCUCACCUGGAGUUCCUGGCAAAUAUUGACCCCAACCCAGAGGCCCCACCCCCAUCGUGGGAGAAUCUGGAAGCCGUGCUCAAGGCCCUCAGAACUGUCGUGCAGGCACUCAUCGACUUCUUCACCAACUACAGCCAGAAAAAGAACGAGCUGCUUCCGUUACAGAAUGCCCGUUACAAGACAAGCAUGUGCCGCGACCAGACACAAAGUGGCAUUUGUCCGCGAGGCAACUCAUGCACCUUUGCUCACUCACAGGAGGAACUUGAGAAAUACCGAGCCCGCAGUAAGAAGCUUGGCGUGAAAGGGACAGGAGUGAUGCCCACAUUUGCUGCCCUCAGCCCAAAAGAGAAGGCAGAGCUGGACCAGGUGACCAAAGUCACAAAUGAGAAACUAGCCUCUUAUUCAAAACUAGCAGGCAAUGUCAGCACAGGGAAGAUCCCGAGUGAAAACACGCCUCCCAAACUGAUUGACUCCACUGGUGUGACCUCACUGACACACACCCUCAACACUCUGUCAAUGUCCCCCCGACAGCACCCACCCUCGGAUCGCUCACCUGCCCCUCUUGGCCCCAACAGUGGGAUACCACGGGGCAAUCCUACCCCAAGUGUGGCCACACCUGCACACUAUCGCAAACCCAGUUUAGGAACUGGACCUGCUGUCAAGGAAACAUUUUACCACACACGUAUGCCCCAGGGAGCCACUCGAAUGUCACCCUAUGAAAUGCCAUCAGUUGAAGGUUCGAUGAUAAACCCUCAGUAUCACAUGGCUCACCGAGGCCUCCAGAGAAUGGCAGUUCCUCAAGGACAGUAUCCCACAAUGCACCACCCCCAGCAGGAUCCCACAUGCAACCCCUAUGUCAUGUGUGACCAUCAGCCUCCCGCUCCACCACAGCACUACUGCAGCCCACACGACAACACUUACGGGACAUCUCUGCCGCCAUCCUUUGACUACCCGAUGUGCUACCAAGGGGUGCCAGCAGCGCCAUACCAGUCACCAUCAACAGGAAGCCCAUACCAGGGUAUGCAGUCACUGACUGAUCUCCACAGACGCAGGAACAACAUCAUUGCACAGCUUCAUCCGAAUACAACAUGUGCUUCUGGCAAAGGGCGAUCCUUAGAUAGUCAGCAGACCUUCACCACCCCAGUUUUGAAGAAACAGCCAUUCAUUGAGGACCGUCCUCGAACCUCGUCAUCAGAUAUGGUCAAGUCUGUAGCUGACACCUACGUAGCGGCCAGAACUAUGUUCUCCCUGGCCAACUCAGGUUUGCUGACUGAAACCCAGUACAGUUUAAGCAGCAACUAUGUGCCCUGGUCUAGCGAGGACAGCUGUGAUAGCAGUGAGAAAUCAGUGACUAAGGCACUCUCAAAGACUGACUGGUAUACUUACGAAACACAGGCCUCGGACAUUGAGGUAGAUGGAGAUGAUGAGGAUGCCACAAAGUCACUGUUCAGCUGGUUUGAGGAGGAAACGGCCAACAGAGUCCCAUUGGUGGAUGAAGUGAGUGAGGUCUCGAGGGUUCCGCUUCAGUUGGAUGACUACAUCUUAGCGGAGGACCAGAAUUUCAUUCCAUUUGAUCCACCAUUGGUAUCCAGGUUUGGACCAAUCUCACGACUGUCACGUUCCAAGUUCAAGAACACAGACCCAGUUCAGGUCACUGCUGAUGAGACUAUCAAGAGGAUGACACCUGUGACUGCCGUGACGGCCAUGGACUGUCCCCUGGCAGUCGCUGCUCCUGUCCCCAGUAGGUUCAGCACUUGGGAACUGCCCACAGAGAAGACCAGGCUUGGGGAAAAUGGUGGCACUGUCUUGGGACAUCAGAUAAUGCCAGCAAACCGCACCAAGAGAUGUCUGCAGCAGGAGGUGACUCGACUUGAAAACCGUGCCCAUGGUGCCAAUACCAAGAAAGAAAGUCUAGCAUAUGAGCUGCAGGCCAUAGAUAUUAAAAUAUCAAUGCAAACUGGGCAGAAGCCAGACCCACUUGGAAGCGGAACAGAUGCCUCCCAUCUUAACCAGCUGAUGCUUCCCAUCUUCCAGUCCACCCCCAGAGAUCAAAUAGCUGGUUCCCCAGGUGUACGGGCCUCUGACCCCACCCUCACAGCCAGUGAGCAGAAGAAACUGCAUGAGUUGACUGCUACAUUUUGUAGUGUCAAUCAGAAAUGUUCAGAACAGCAGGAGAGAAUCUUGUCACAACUGCUAAAGCUGCAGGACCUUGGCAGUCAGGGAACUCACUUCCACUAGGACAUACGGACAGCUGUGUGCUCUUAUGUCAUGUAACGUUUGUGGAAACAGACAGAUGGAUGAUGGAAGACAUGGCUGCAGUUUGUGCUUGUCUGCCCAGAACUUCAGACGGGGAUUGAGUCAAAUUUUCCUAGAUGUUUGCACACAUUAUUGUGUGUGGACAAAAUUUUACCAUACACUACAAUGGGUAUGAAAUCCUAACAUAUUUGUUUGAGUUUUGUCAAAUUACCCUUCUAUAUGUCACAUUGACUGUGUGUGUAAUUGCAGGGUGUGAUAAGAAAGGCGUUUAUGAUUCAAAAUGGCCAUUACAUUCAUUGUUGUCAUUGGUUACUGGCCCUUGGGAACUUGUUGUAUUACUGUGAUGGGUAUACAUUAUGAUAUGUGUUAACUGUUGGCACUGGUCGGUAGCUGACUUGACAGUUUGUACACAGUCAUCACUAUGGAGACUGGUUUGUUGUUGGGGUAUUAUUCUCAUAUUUACUAUCUUAGAAAAUAUGAAUUGGAUAAUUAGGUCUAUUUUGACAUUUUGCUGUUAACUAUUCAUCUAUAGUUAUAGAGUGUGUACAUUUUCAUGCAAGUAAUUACUAUGUAAUUAUGAAGUAUUUCAUGAAUAAUUAUUUGUGAUAAAUAACAAGAUGUGUUUUCUCAUAUAAUCAUGAUACUCAAGAGUGGUAAUAUGGUUUGAUAUUUGCUUUACUGCUUGUGACACUUUUACUUUUAUGUGGAAAUUAGACUGUGUAAUUACCUUAUAAAGGUUUUAUUUCACAGUAUUUUCCAUUAUUAAUAACUUGUUGGUACUUUACCCCAAACCUUUAUUGGAGUUCAAAAUAUUUUUGUUGUGCUCUGCUCAAGGAUUGAACAUAUUGCGUUUGAGAUAACUGCAAAUACCUUUAAAAUUGCUUCUGUGAUGUUAAGCAAUAAGCACUUGCUCUCACUCUAGCUUAGAGUAAUUUUAGUUUGAUGUUUCAUUUGAAAUCUGUAAGACAAUACACAGGGCCUAGAUUUUCGAAGCUCUCUUAGCGCUAAGAUAGUCGUAAGUUAAUGUUAAUGUAUGGCACUUACGACUAUCUUAGCGUUAAGGGAGCUUUGAAAAUCUGGGCAAAAAGUGAAAGAGUAAGCCCAGAAGGAACUUUCAGCUGAAAUCGUUAUGAUAUUGACCUUUGGUAUGGUUAGUUAUGUUCUUACGACACACAAGUCACAUUUAUUUUGUAAAUGAAUUCCAGAUUGGUAAACAAAAAACAUGGUUUAUCUAAAUACCUUUUUGCAGGAAACAAAUUUCAGUGAAUCAAUCUUAGCAUGUUAGUGUUUAAUAUAAAAUUACAAUUAUGCAUAAAAUUAAUCUGGAAUUGGGAGCUGGAGCUCAACAACCACCUGACCAGUUGGUCGUACUGUAUCCUUUCUAUGAAAAGGGAAAACUUGAUGUUCCUUGGGUGGUUUGUGGUUCUGUUUGCCAGGAAGUAAGCUUGUAGUAAGAUAAUUAGCCAUGGAUUUCAUUUUACAAGAGUCUUCAUAAUGUAGAUAAGUAGAAUGAAUAUAUAUAUAUAUAUGUGUAAAGGAAACAUAUACUUCUUCACCUUGUACUUAUGCUCUCAUUUAGUACUGCUGUCAUAUUGUACACUGUAUGAUGUCUUGCAUUUGCAAAGUUAUGAGGAUGAAGAGUCCAAUAUUUUACUUUCUAAAUGUGCUCUAAUCUGUGGUAAUGAUAAGAGAAACUAAUCUUGGGUUGAUCAUCUUAUAUAACUAGAAUGUCAAUUAGAUGUAUUUAUCAGUGUUUUGAACAUUGGUAUUUCAGUCCAAUGUGUCCAAUGUUUCAUUUUCCUCCUUAUGUCAUGUUAAUACGGUAGACAUUUUCUUUUGUAUUUAAGUUAUUGUUUGCAGAAUGGGGUUACUUUGUACUUUAAUUUGAAAUUAGUUACUUUUUUUCAGUUUUAAAUAAUGGGUUUGGGAGGUAUCCACCCAAAUGUAUAUUCAUUCAUAGUAAGAUGAUACAGUUGAAUGAAGGUUGGUUGCUCUUCCUGUCAAGAAGGAAUUUGCCCUUUCCCCCUGUUGGAUUUGAUAAACGUCAGCAGAUAAAGAAGAAAUUAGGAAGGGAGGUAACUCCAAUGGGGUGACUAACAUCUUUUGUGGUGCUGCCACUUUUCUUAUGUUUUAAUUGGUUGUUAUUCUUCAUUUUUUUUAUUUAGGAUGAUGAUAUUCAUUUAUGUCAGAUUUUCUCCAGGUCAAGGAAUUUUGGAUUUGACUGUUUGGAUUGUAUUUCAUGUGUUGAAGGGCAUUAAUACAUUUAUGCCUUUUUAUGUAAUAUUUAGAAGGCUGUCAAGAUGUAUCAUCAAACCUGAAAAAUGACUCAACAAAGACAUUCUCAAGUAUGAGGUGUGGAGGGGAAAUGUAGCACCUUUGGAAGUUCUGAAACUUUAGUCUGAAGUCAGGUUUUGCAUGAAUAUUACAAUCACUGUUGACAGAAGAAACAGGGUUUGAAACAGCCCAGCAGUCCGUUCCACUAAGCCAUCGUAGUAUGACUGUUACAGGUCUUAUAGACUGGGAGUUGGAUUGUUGUGUAUUGAUCGUCUUUGUGAUCUGUCGCACAGAAAAGAGCCACAGAAAGAUCAUUCUUUUUGUGUAAAAAAAUAGGAAAAUGACUUUUUUGGUAUUUUCCCGAUAUAAGCUGUGAGGAAUGUAAACAGUCAUUUGUGGCACCUUUUGAGAGAUGCCUUGACAGUCUUUCAGUUCCGCUUUGCUUGAAUUGGGUUAUGCAUUUAGCCUUGAAAUUGUGAUGGAAUUCUUAUCAUAUAAGAUAUUUGCCUAGCUUGUCUAAGGCACCUUGUACACUACGUGUAUCUCUUUUUAAGGUGUCCGUAGUUUGUAAUGAGUGUUCUAUCUUGCCCACAAUCAUCUGACAGGGCACAGCUAUUGCAGAUAAAUCAUUUUGCAGUUGUCAUCUGAGUUCACAUAAUUCAGAAAUUGAUACGGCUCAUACACGUGAACAUAUUUGGCUCCCAAGACAAGAUACUGUCAGCGAAAUUGUUGUCUGUAUUAAGUGACUUUUAGGGUUCUUAAGUUCUGAACAUGGUUUUUCUCAAUUUCAAAUAGCUGUAUUGAUCUUGCAAAUGCUUAUAAAGGCUUUCCAAGAGCCAAUAUAUGGCCUUUGUCUGGGUAAUACAUUUGAUUUGUCAAUAGAUUAUUUAUCACUUUUGUCAGGAUGGAAGUAUUUUAGAUAUUUUUGUGGGGUUUCUAUAAGGAACAGUGAUACACUCACAAAGUGGAAUAUUUGAAAGUGUUCUCAGGACAACCUUAGGUUAAAAUUCUUUUUGAAAUUGGUUAAUUCCGUGUGUAGUUUUGCUGAAAGUGGCAGAUGCCAGGUGAUUGUGUAAUAGCAUGUGCUUUGUCAGUGUUGAUGCUUGAGUAUAACAGGAUGUGCAAGGAUACACCAUUACAGGGCAUCAGUGACAUGCUUACGUCACUUCCUGUCAGAACCCUGAUGUAGAUGUGAGAUAUAACCUGUAUCACAUCUUUGCAGGGAAUUACUGUAGAGGGAUAAACCACAUGUUCUAUGUGUGGAAGACAUAUUGCUGUCUGAGGGCAUGGUUAAAGUUAACAAGUAGACCAAAUUGCAUCACAAAACUGCUUAAGAUUGUAGAUACCAUUGGGCUAAUUCAUCUAGCCUGCAAUUUUGGCCUUAACAUGUUAUUUUCAAUGAGACAUGAUAUGUGGUCAAAAUCUUCAUAUGUGGUUUAUUGUAUAAUUUGAUCAACUUUGAUAUACUAAGGGCACCAUGUCCUAACAUCUUACAGGCUCUUCAGGGACUGACGUAUGCACUGUUGGAAACAAUUUUGAUUUUAUAUUGUGCUUGAUUUACCAAAGCACAGAAAUGCUUCGAUCAAGGUGUGAUUGUGAUCAGAUGAGAAUAUGAAGGAGAUUUGCUCUAAAUAUUUGCGGUUUACUUUCCACAAUAAAACUGAUACUACCAAA